CUUCAUCUAUACGCUGUAACUAUUUUACGGUAGUUUUUCAAAUAGUUACCUAUUGAAAAUAUUGAAGUGAAAUUAAUUAAAGUAUACUAUUUCAGACAUAAAGGAUAACAAUUGCUUUAGUGUAUAAUUAUAAAAUAGUUGUAAUUUUGAGAAAUAUGUUUCUUUUCAUUCUAAAAUUACUAACACUGUUGCCGUUACUGAAAAAUGUGGUGUUGGCAGUUGAUAUGACGGAAAUAGUUUGUUCAUUAUUUCCACCAUAUUCAAAAAGUGUAUCUUUUUUAUUGUAUACAAAAAGUGUUGAAAACUUUUCGAUCACUGCAGAUGAAGAAUCAGUUAAGAAUUGUCCGUUUAUCCCAAAUUCUAAUACCGUCAAACUUAUUGUUCAUGGGUUCGGUGCAAGCAGUAAGGCUGUCAAUAUAGUUGCACUGCGAAAAGCGUAUAUUAACGGACCGCAGAAUCACAAUGUCUUAUUGGUAGACUACUCAAACUUCACUGGUAAAGUUUCGCAGUCAAACGUUAUAACGCACAGCUUAAAGUAUGUUCAAGCAGUGAAAUGCGGUUUUCCAAAGGUGGUGAAUGCUAUUACCGAGAUUAUAGAGAUGAUACAAAACUUGCGACCUGAAAUCACUAAUGUUCACAUGGUUGGACAUAGUUUAGGGGGUCAGAUAAUCGGACAAUCAGGAAGUCAUCUUAAGGACAAGGGGAAACCAGUACAUAGAUUGUCCGCACUGGAUCCGGCCGGUCCGUUAUUCUCUACUUCCUGUAUCACAGCAGAAAGUGGCUUUUUUGUGGAUGUGUAUCACACACAGAUCGCAGGUUUUAAGGGUGCCACGAAACCAGCGGGAAUCGUUGAUAUUUAUGUUGACAAUGCCGUUGUCCAAGACGGUUGCCUCAGUAAAAAGACACAUGAAAAGGUCUUAGAGUGUUCUCAUAGAGCUGCUCUUUUGUACUUUGCUGAAUCUAUAAAUAACCAAAAUAUGAAGGCAAGCCGGUGUGAUGAAAUUAAGACGAUUGUUAAGAAUUUAGAUGCUUUAAAGAACAUUGACAAAAAUAAUAAUAACGUGUUAAGUUCUACUUGUGACAAGAAAUCAAACUCGGAAGGAGAUCAGAUAGUAUUCGGAGAAAAUAUUUCCUUCAAUGCUACAGGAGUGUACUUUAUAAGAAUUCCGACUGUACCUAAAAUCGACUAAACAAUUUUGUGAAGCAAUUACAAUAAUUUUAAAACAAUUGUUUGAUUUAAUAAAUUAAGAAAGAAGGAAAAACAAUCUUUGUUUGACCCUUUCAGACCUUUUAAGAGUUUAACCACUGUACACUAUAGUAUGCAUGGUGUAUAUUUAAAUUUU